UAUGCGCGCCUGCGGGCACAGAGACAUCAAGGCAGAUGAACUAUUCCUGUGGAUUCCCAGGAAGAUGCUAAUGACGGUGGAGUCGGCCCAGAACUCUAUACUGGGUCCGCUAUACAGCCAGGACAGGAUCUUACAGGCCAUGGGCAACGUGACGCUGGCCUUCCACCUGCUGUGUGAGCGGUCCAACCCUGCUUCAUUCUGGCUGCCGUACAUCCGCAGUCUUCCUCAGGAGUACGACACACCGCUGUACUACCAGCAGGAUGAGGUGCAGCUGCUGCUGGGCACACAAGCAGUGCUGGAUAUCCUGAGCCAGUAUAAAAACACUGCACGCCAGUACGCUUACUUCUACAAACUGGUGCAGACCCCAGCCCUAAAUACUUUACCUUGCAAAUAUUCCUUCCAUUUCGAAGAUUGGUUGAUUGUAUGUGACAGGUGGGCCGUGUCCUCUGUCAUGACUCGCCAGAACCAGAUCCCUACUGAGGACGGCAGCCGGGUCACUCUGGCUCUCAUCCCCCUCUGGGACAUGUGUAACCACACAAAUGGACUGAUCACCACCGGCUACAACCUGGAAGAUGAUCGCUGUGAAUGUGUGGCACUGCAGGACUACAAGGAGAACGAACAGAUCUACAUCUUCUAUGGCACAAGAUCCAAUGCCGAGUUUGUCAUCCACAACGGCUUCUUCUUCCAAGACAACGCCCACGACCGAGUGAAGAUCAAGCUAGGUGUUAGUAAGAGCGAGCGCCUCUACGCAAUGAAGGCCGAAGUGCUGGCGCGAGCCGGCAUCCCAGCGUCCUGUAUCUUUGCUCUUCACUGUAAUGAACCCCCCAUUUCAGCCCAGCUCCUAGCCUUCCUCAGAGUCUUCUGCAUGACCGAGGAGGAACUGAAAGACUACCUGCUCGGAGAUCGUGCCAUCAAUAAGAUCUUCACCCUGGGCAACAGCGAGUUCCCUGUCAGCUGGGAGAAUGAGAUCAAGUUGUGGACUUUCCUAGAGACCCGAGCUGCUCUGCUGCUCAAGACCUACAAGACCACAUCAGAGGAGGACCGCUCCAUGCUUGAGAAACCUGAUCUAUCUCUCCAUUCUCGCGUGGCGAUCCAGCUCCGCCUGGCCGAAAAGCAGAUCCUGGAGAAGGCGUCGGCCAGUGGACGGGCUAAACGUCUGCACUUCCAGAAGAAGCUGGAAGAGGGCGCUCCGUUGCCUCUCUACGAGGAAAGCGAUAUCGCUUUGCUGGAGAAUACUGACACAGAUGCAAAGCUUCCUAUUAUCCUGCGCCAGCUGGAGGAGGUUGAAGAAGGCCAGGAGAUCCAGGUGGAGGAGCACAGUCACCUCCUGAAUGGGGAGAAGGCAAUGUAUGAGAUGGGUAUGGAGGCUAAUGGACAGGAGGAGGAUCAGGAGAAGGUCAGCAAAGAUGUUAAUUCAGCUUUGGACUUGAUUGGAAGUUCAACCCAGAAGGGCGAAAGGGAAGUGGCUAAUCUAAGUGCCAGUCGAACUGAAGAGAAUCCCAAAGAGAACGGUGAAUAAACAUAACCCACUUACUGCCACAGCCUAUGCUAUUUAUUAAUUUUUGUGUCUCUUAAAGGAAGAAAAUAUAGAAGCUGAAAAAAAAUUGAAUUCAAAGUCGCUGAACUUUUCCGACUGUAUGUUCAUCCAGUGUGGCUUUUCUUAGUUGUCCACUGCUGGACAAAAAUGCUGCCAGUGUGUCCCUCAGCCUUCUCUUCAGAACAGGAUUUGAUUCAAAUUUGCUUUUGUUUUAAGUUUGAAACGUAGGUUUACAUUGAAACAUUUUGAAGCCUACAGCAUUGGAAAAAAGCAAGAGGGGACACCACAAACUGGUUCAAAUUGUUAGGUGAAGAGAAAAAAAAACUAAUGGAGUGAGGUGAAAUGUUAUUUCCGCAAAGCCAAAAUCCCUCUAAUCUUUCGAAUUGGUUGGUUUAUUACUGCAGUUUGUCUCCAUAUAUGUCCAGUAUGUUUUGAGUUGACAAUCGUAUUCUCUAGUGUAUUUUGUGGUGUGCUACUGAGUUAAGACCACCACUGCCCUCUAUUCCCUGUUUCCCUGGUUAAACUAAUCUCAAGCUAAAUAAUUAAUAAAAAACAUAAUAUGCUCUCAUUAGCCUUUGAGAACGCUUGUUUUAAAUUGAUGGUAACUGUUGUGGUUCAGUAUGACAGGCCAAAAUGGAAAAUAGUUUUUGCUUUCUCAAUGAAACCUUUUUUAUUUUUACCAUCAAAAUGUGCAUUUUCUAUCAUUACAUAGUUGCAGCCCUCAUUAAGGAACAUGUUUUAUUUUGUGUUUAAAAAGUAUCUAUGAAUGUACUCAGUUUACAUUGCAGUUAAUAUACACAUAUAUGUCGCUAAAAGGGAGUGAUUAGUGACCCGGUGAUCACUGUUAUUGCCCCUGAGAAAGCCAUAUACAACAUUGAGGACUUAGUGAGACAUGAUGAUGAUGACGACUUUGUCCUGUUGGAAACAUUUUGUUCGACUGCCUUAAAAUUAGGCAAUUUCAAGAUGACACUAUUUGUAUGAAAAACACGGAAGCAGUUUGUAUUAACUGUAGGGGUGGCCCCAACAACUCUGAAUGUAUACUGAUACAAAUAACUGAUACUGACUGAAUCCCUGACAGUCAAUGCAGCGUAGGGGAAAAUGUGCAAUUUUGGCCAGUUAGAACAUUUUACCUUAUUGCGUACUUCCUGUUUUAACCACUGUCUCACCUCAAUUUCUCACCCAUUGUGUAUAGUUAUGGGUGAGACGAUGAGGUGGAGGAGGGACUUUGUGCUUCAACUGUACUACAGUAAUUUAGGGUCACAACUUUGUUUAUAGGGCUGCUGUGUGUGGCUCACUUUUAUGUAAACGAUAAUGAUGAUUGAUAAAGUUUGACAAAAUAAUAAAGUCAGUGUCCAAC